UUCAGCCUGGAGGAGACCGAGGGGAGAUCUCAUGGCGGCUACAGCUUCCUCACAAGGGGAGGAGGAGGGGCAGGCACCGAACUCUGGCGACUAAUGACAGAACGCAAGGGAAUGGCAGGAAGAUGUGCUGGGGAGGUUUAGGUUGGACAUUAGGAGAAGGUUCUUCACCCAGAGGGUGCUGGACACUGGAACAGGCUCCCCAGGGAGGUGUCACGGUCCCAAGCCUGACAGUGUUCAAGAAGAGACUGGACAACACCCUCAGACACAUAGUAUGAUCUGUGGGGUUGUCACAUGCAGGGACAGGAGUUGGACUCAGUGUUCUUGUGGGUCCCUUCCAACUUAGGACGUUCUAUGAUUCUAAGAUGACAAGCCAAUAAUAAUCACAACGGAAGGUUUCAAAAAUACGGGCUGAGGGUCAACAGUAGAGACAUACUCUGUCUUCAUACUCUGUCUUCUUGGGGAAAUAGAAUAAAAAAAAGGAAAACCUUCCUGCAACAAAGCAGCCCUUUCCCAGUAGGAGCAGCUGCCAUGAACUGUUCUACAGCAGACAUGAGAGAGAACUUGUACAGAAGGCAAAUAAUGUAAGGAAAAAUAACUUGUUCCAAGUCUCAUGGACCAAAUGCAGUAAAGGGCACUGCCUUGACCCCUUUCUGCCGCUAUCUAUAAAACCAAAGAGAAAUCCCCAUAUUAUCAGCAUUCACCAAUGGUUCAUUAAAUCAGACUCAUUCUUAAAAUUCCUGUACUGAGCUCACACUUUUCACAGGUUUUCUACUAGUAUAGCCAUGCUGGCUAAAAAUACUAUUUUUUUCCUUCCUUACUGGUAUAUUUGAACAACUCUUGCCUUAGGUGUGUUUAUAGUACAUAGUAUAAUACAGUUUAUAACUUACAAAGGUUACAAAUGGGUCUUAGCCUGCAUGACUGUGCUUUAAAAUGCUUCUGCAGCCAGGUCUUUGCUUGGGAAAACUGGUACCUCACUCAGGCAUAAAUUUUGCCCCCUUGGCCCUGCAGAGGCCAGCUGUUCGCUUCCAUUUCCCCCCAUGGCUCAGACCAAGGGGCACUCCUGGCCUGCUAUGAUUCUCAGCAAGCACAAGUUUUUGAACGACUAAGCUAAUGUCUAGUACUGAUCAAACAAACUCCAUCCUCGUCCGUGCAGGUGUCACAGCAGCAUGUUCUCCAGUGCUUUUGCUUGUAGAAACACUUGAACAUGGAAACAUCUAGCUGGGCCUUUCAUGGCACCAUGCAGGCUGCUGGUAAGCUUCCUUCCUUGGGUUUAAUGCAUAUUCAGAGCAGCGAGACAUGCCCCACCAGUUGGGAAUCUCUGUGGUACCACUUGUUGCCCGUUUAAAACCAUGUUGUAAUAUAUCCAUGUCAAUUCAUAUAACUGGACCACCUCCAGGAGGGUCCUGUUACUAUGAUUAAUGCAGAAUAAACCUUGCAUGGUAUAGCAGGUGAGCCCUUUAAUGCUCUGCUGCUGUUUUCCUGCUGUUUUGUUGCCCUUCCUUCAGUCAGAAUUGGUGCUGUCUGAGGCUGAUGAAGAGAGCUGUGUAGGAAUAGCUCUUUCUCAUAAUGAGAAUGGAUGACACAAAAAAGCAUGCUUGGUAAUGUUUCCUAGAACAGUUUUUGUUUAUUGCUUACCAUUCUAGUUUUCCAAUUAGGUAGAAAUCUACUGAGCUACGUGGUAUUGUGGGGGUUUUUUUUAAUGGUUUGUGGCAGGAGGAGGGAGAACCAUGGGUCAAAUUCCCUGAGUUCUCCAUUUUGAGUCAUUUUAGAUCUUCCUGUUGUACAUUUAUUGUAGAUGGGCACUGUAAUGGUCUUGAGAGAUCCUAUAGCAAUCUUUGUACUUUUGUGUUUGGUAUUAAACCAUUCAUCUCUGAUGUACCAGACUGUUGUUACCCCUCACUAUAUUGCCUUUGGUGCCUUUGACAACCUGAAAAAGAGAGUUACUAGAUUGUGCUCCUGGCCCCUUCACUCCAGUAUGUGCCAAAACAGACAAGUUGCCUGACCAUGGACUUCAUUGACUCUAGAACUGAAGUCGCAGAUGAAGGAGGCCAUGAAGUCUACAGAAGCGCAGGAAAUACAGAAAGAUUGAUUUGAGCAGAGAUAGAUAAAAGAAAAAUAAGGCAGGUAAGAAUACACCUUCUGCACGGCUGCAGUCGUGAGAUUCAGAAGUAAGGGCAUCAGAAGAAAUGGGACAACAAGGAGAAAAAGUAUUUCUGUAAUCAAUUGAAUUAAUGAAGCCAGUUUUCUCAGAGGGUUGGUUUUGGUUGUUUUUUUCCUUCCCAGAAUGACUCCAGCACUGCUCAUGAUCACUGUGGUACCCCAAUGCAGAGAGAGAUAGAUUGUGCUUUAAUAGUACUACAUGUACAGUUGAUCAGCUGGCUGGUGCCACACAGUUCAGCAGAGUUUGCCUUGCCUUUUUCUGGUGGGGACCACUUCCUUGGGCCUCUAUUGUCUACCCAGCUGCUGAUUUUCACAAAUUGUGCCUAGGUGUCGUUAUCUUUGAGUGUGUUAUUCUGCCAGAUCUGUCUGAAACUGGACAUUUGCAUAAAGCUCUUUUCUUUAAAAAGCAGGCUAAAAAUAAAUCAUAGAGAGGAGUCACACUUCGCUUACUAAAGCAUACAAAUUAAAAAAAAAAAAAAAACAAGAACAAAAACCAAAAAACUAGCAGACAGAAAUAAAAUUGGCAGGGAACUGAAAGAGACAAGAUUUAACAACGUGUCUCUACAGUCUGAGGUGAUGCUAUGCACUAAGUGCCGUUACAAGACCAAGGAGCACUCCUAAGCUACAUUAUUAGGCUUGCAAAGAAGGAGGCACACAGGACAGAGCAAAGUUAAGCACCUCCCAGGCUACAGUGCCCCCAGCCCCAGAAUUAGCACUGUAUAUAAGAGAGGACAGAUAGCCAACAGGAUAAUAGCUUGAUAACCAACAAGCAAAACUAGGAGUGCUGAACGAAAAACUUGCAAAGUGGGUGUAAGAAGCUGGACUGACUGCAUUAACAAAGCGAACAUUAACAUGAACAGACUGACAGCUGGACUCCACAUUCCCCAUCUGGCUGUUUUUAAGAGGACCUGGUCUUCUAGAAGCAAAGACUGAGCCACGUCUUGUAACAUGCCCUUACCAGGUCAGAUUGUUUUGCCCUUCUUCUGUUAUUGCUAGUCAGCUGUUCCUAGCAUUUAAUAUACAUUAUAGUAAUGAAUGCUAUGUUUUCCAAUUUCAUGCUAUUCUGGGCAGCAUGAUAAGAAGACAAUAUUGGACAGGCCAUAGGCCAGAACAGAGAUGUGAAUACCAUUUUUACCUAGAGAAAGAUACUGGGGGUUUUUGUUUUCUCGCAGUGGCUAUUCCUUUUCUGAAGCAGCCUCCUGGACAAAGGCAGGCAGUGGCUGGGGAGUUAAGGGAAGGGCUGAAUGCAGUCCAAAACAUGUGGUAACUAAGCAGCAGGACUCAAAAGCCUUUCCUGAAAGACAACAUAGAGACUCACCUCUUCCUUUUUUUCCAAGGAGGCGGCUCCCAUUGCACUGUUUUCCUAACAAAAGAAGUUACAGUCUUAAGGAAAAGACUUCUUUCAGGAUGAAAACUAGAAAGAAAGAGAGGGGCAAGAAGAUACCAGAAGAACUGUCCUCAUAUGUUACUAUAGAUCUCCCUGGCUUUGCUCCCAGCCCACUUGAAGGCAGGAAUGCCAUCUGUGCAGGUGAGCAUGCAGAAAGGCUUGAAGAUGGCUUCUUAAACAAUGAUAAUACAAGAAAAGAAAAAUACCCAGUUUUGCGACAAGUGUCUUGUCAUUCCCUGUGUAAAACCACUAUAGAGGACUCAAACCCAAAGAUCUCCCAAACAUCUUUGAUCCCACAGGCAGAUGAGGACUCACCGCUGAACACAUUGAAUAAGUCUGUGGCUGCCAACAUGUUGCAGGAACUUGGAGACAAGUUGCAGCUCCUUACUAGGUAUAAGACUGGUUUCCAUCAGGAACUUGUGAAUGUGCUAACUUGUACCUGGAGAGAACUCACUGAGGCGGUUGAUGGCCAUAAAUGGCACCAGAAGUCACUAGUGUACAAAAGUGUGAGAUCCAGGAGAAGCCAGGCCUCAGAGGAGGUUAAGAGUGGUGCUCCAGGGUCCAAAUGUAGUGAGUGUGAACUCACUGCCAUCAGAAAAGAAAAAUACAAAAACAGCUUUGCUUUAGCAGCCUGCACUGUGAAGGAAAAAAGAAAACCUGAGACAGCAUCCAGCAUGCCUGUAGGAAGUGAAGCUCCUGUUGUGCAAAAUGAUGCUGGCCAGUCACCUGCCACCAUCAGCUUCUCACUCUCAUCCAACAUCUGUGAGGAAAGAGGUUGGAUUUCCCAACUUUCUGAGUCAAAUUCUGAAGAUAUUGACCAGAAGCUGCCUUAUGUGUGGACACCAGAGAGGCUAGAACAAAUUAGAAACCAAAUAGAAGAACGAACAUCCAAGCUGAAAGAAGUGGGGUUUGACAAACCAAUUAAACUCCGGCAUUAUGGUGAUCACAGAGAAGAAACUUUCUUCAAGACAUGGAAGGGUCCGACUAACGUGACUGUCACACCAGAGCUGACACAUGGGAAACCUCAGAUCCCAGUGGUCAAGAAAGCAGACACAGCACAGAGAAAACUGCACUAUGGGUUGAAUGAUGGCUCUUCUUUCAUCUAAUAUCCUUUCAGUCUACACAGCACGUGUGAAUUCUAGCAAGAUUGUGAUGAGUAGUGGGAGAACUACAGUGGAAAGACUCUGACUUCACAUGUAUCUGAACAGCUUCCAAGACUCAGCUACAUGAAAAAAGAA